AUGGCGAUGAACUCAAGCCUUAUCCUCUUCCUCAUAUUCUGUUUGAUAAACCCAUCAAUAUGCCAUGGGCAUGGUGGUGGUGGGCAUGGGGGUGGUGGGCAUGGGGGUGGUGGUCAUCAUGGUGGAGGUCAUAGCGGUGGACUUCAUAUUGGUGGACAUCAUAGUAUGCAUCUUGGAGGUAUUGGUGGACAUCAUCACUAUGGUUACGGUGGAUAUGGAUAUGGAGGUUACGGUGGAUCUGGAGGUUACGGUAGCAGCUGGUACGGUGGCUACUAUCCUGGCUAUGGCUAUGGUGGAUUAGGUGGACUGGGUCUUAUUGGACUACUUGGGGCCGGUAGUUACGGAGGACUUGGUGGGUACGGUAGCUAUGGUAGUGGUUAUGGUGGGUAUGGUAGCUAUGGUAGUGGUUAUAGUGGGUACGGUAGCUAUGGUAGUGGGUAUGGUAGUUAUGGUAGUGGGUACGGUAGUUAUGGUAAUGGUUAUGGUGGGUACGGUAGCUACGGUAGUGGUUACGGUAGCGGAUACGGUAAUGGUUAUGGUAGUAGUUACGGUAGUGGAUAUGGCAGUGGCUAUGGUAGUACCUACGGCAGUGGAUAUGGCAGUGGUUAUGGCAGUAGUUACGGUAGCGGAUAUGGUAGUACCACUGGUAGUGGUUACGGUAGCACCUACGGUAGUGGAUAUGGCAGCGCUAAUACUGGCUACAGUAGUGGAUAUGGAAGUAGCUACGACAACAAUGUUUAUAAUGCUAGUUAUUGCCAAUAUUACCCAUAUAUUUCUCAAUGUCAACCUUAUGCUUCUACUUCAUUGUCAUCAUCAUCAGCUGUAUCAUCGCCAGCAUUCUCAGUGUCAACGUCGUAUGGCACUAAUUAUGGUUAA